GGAAAACAUUCUCGUUGCUGUCUUUUUUCUUCCUCCAAAUUCAAUUUCUUCUACUUCAGAGUCUCCUCCUCCUUGGGCAUAUUGGGGUUUCACGCUCCAAUUCGAAACUCCAUCUUCCAGUCUCAGAACCAACCCAAAAAUGAAAGUCUCGUCUCUUCCAAAUCUAAACCGCGAAACCUCCUUCCCCAAUUUCUUCACCUUAUUCCAACACCCUGCAGACCCCGACGACAACGACACCACCGUCAACAAGCGCCCAAAAACAAACGGCACCGAACCCUCCGAAACGUCGCCGUUCAAAGGGAUCCUCUCCACAUCCCUCUCGUCCGGUGAAAUGAACGAGAAUCACCACCGAAUUGUCGGAUAUUUUCCCGAUUGCGAUCAGAUGGACUGGCCUCCAAGUCCAAAUGGGCCCGACACCAACUUUUCCGUCGGGUCAAACCCGUUCGAAGACAUCCUCUGCCCAUUCAACUCGUUCGAUACCGAAGCCUCCGCAGCGUCGCCGUUCAAAGACAUCCUCUCCCAAUUGAACUCGUCCGAAGCCUCCGAAGCAAUGAACGAGAUCGGAUUUUUAGAGGGGACGAAUUCCGUUGGGUUGAUCCGUCGUGAAUCGGUCCAAACCCUACCGAACACGAGUUCCGUCGGGUCAAACUGGUAUAGCGGCGACGGCAGCGCAACCAGUGGUAGUGUAGGACCAAACCCUACCCAGCUGUGGUGGUGGGACCAGAGCAGCCACCCGGAUUUUCCAGAAUCAGAAUCCCGACGCACUUUCAAGAUGAGCAAGUCGACGUUUGAGUUCAUAUGCAGCGAGCUCGACCCAGUCAUCAACAAGGAUAUACCGGUCCGCCAGCGCGUCGCCGUCUGCAUCUGGUGGUUGUCCACCGGGGAUCCCCUGCGCCUGGUCUCCAACAGAUUCGGGCUAGGCAUCUCCACGUGCCGUAAAGCCGUGCUAGAAGUUUGUGAAGCUAUCAGGAGUGUUUUGAUGAGCAAGUUUUUGAAAUGGCCUGAUGAGGGGAAAAUGACGGAGGUCAAAAGGGAAUUCGAGCUGGUUUCCGGAAUUCCAAACGUGGGUGGAUCCAUGUAUACUACACACGUGCCUAUUACUAAGCCGGAGGUGAACGGACCGGCGUAUUUCAAUAAGAGGCUAUCGGAGAGGAACUGGAAGACGUCUUAUUCGACCACGGUACAAGGCGUUGUUGAUUCGAAGGGUGUGUUUACGGACGUUUGCAUCGGGUGGCCGGGGUCUAUGAGCGAUGACAAGAUUUUGGAGAAGUCUGCGCUUUCGCAGCGCGCAAGUCGCGGGCUUUUGAAGGAUGUUUGGAUCGUGGGGAACGGCGGGUACCCUUUGAUGGAUUGGGUGUUGGUGCCUUACACGAAGCAGGACACGUGGCGGACUACGAGGGUGUUGAAUGAGAAAGUUGGGGAGAUCGAGAGGGUGGUGAAGGAGGCGUUUUCGCGGUUGAAAGGGAGGUGGAGUUGCUUGCAGAAGCUGACCGAGGUGAAGCCCCUGCACUUGCCUGUGGUUUUGGGUGCUUGUUGUGUGUUGCACAACAUUUGUGAGAUGAGGAAUGAGGCAAUGGAUCCGAGCGAGACGAGUUUCCAUCUCUUUGAUGAUGAGAUUGUGGCGGAGGAUGCUGUGAGGUCUCUUAACGCGCUGCGAGCUAGGGAUCAGAUUUCUGACCUCCUUGUUCGGUUGUGGGUUCUGUUGGAAAUAUACGGAAUGUCGGGUAAAUGAAAUUGGAGCUACCGAAGGAUCUUUCGAAGCAAUCGUGCAUAUCUCAGGUAUAGGAGGGCACGCCGUAGUAAGCACAUAUUUGUGGCCCUCAGCAGUUAACACAAUAUUCAAGUUUCUUUUCCAGUCAACAUAAUUUGGUCCAGUAAGUUUAUUUUCUUUGAGUUGAGUGCUUGUAACUUCUCCAAAUAUAACUUAUAUUCAUGUUUUCUCAAUGGAGUGGGUAUCACGUAAAUUUUUGUUUCUGCGUUGUUUGUCGUGUAACUCCACAAGUCCCCAACAUUUUUUGUAAAAUUGAUUCUCUUCAAUGAUUUGUUGAGGUCUUGUUAUAUGAUAGUCAUUGUACCUUUGCGGAUUGUUUUUCAUGUAUUGUGAAUUGAUACAAAUUGUUUUUCCCUCUAUUGGAUUGAUGCAUAUUCUUUCUUAUCUA